CUGGUGGGACGGGAGGGAAUAGCAGCACCUGGGGAGGCGGCGGGGGAACAGGAGACGGUGGAGGGCGAGGCGGCUGUGGCCGCGACGGCAGUGGGAAGUGGCGCAAUGGGGACUGAGUCAGAGGCGGCUGUGGCGGUUGAGGCUGCGGUUGCUGCGGGGCUGGAGGGGGUUGCUGCUGAGGCGACUAAGAUGGUGGUUGCUGCUGAGCUUGGCGGGCCUGACGCUGCCUCUGGCGGCGGCUCAGCCUCACCCUCUGCCAUCCCCCAGGCGUGGCAACCAGAGGAGCCGGGACCACCAGUGGCUCAGGAACGGACCGAGGUGGUGGAGCUGGCGGCGUCACCGGAGCCUGUAACGGCGUCUGUGCUGGCCGCGGCGGUGACAGCGGCGGCAGGGGAACAAGACGGAGCCCGGACCGAGGAGGGUGCGCCGAUUGCCGCUGCGAGCGCCGGAACUUCUGCUGCUGCUGAGGGCGCAAGCACGCAGGGGCACGGCCUGGGGGGGAGCGGUAGACGGGGUCACGGAGCCGGCGGGAUUGCUGGCGCCGCCCGCGGGAAGAUGAAGCUUCGAGCCCAGCCAGCACCGAGGCGGCCCGGAGCAGGGCUGGGACUUGGUCCCCCGGGACCCCUCCUGGGCUGGCUUCUGCAAGGGCAGUUGCCACGAGGGCAAGAGCGUCAAUUGCCAUCUGUGGGGACAAGCGACGGGAGAAGGGAGGCAGGAGACAGGAUCAGGCUAGCACCCACACCGAUCAUCACGGCAGGGAACGCAGUGGCGGGACCAUCAACGCAACAACCACCGCGUCGGGAUUCGCGGAGCUCGACCGGGGGAGAAGAGAGAACAACCACGGCUGCCGUCACGGCUCAACAGACCCCACGGCGUGAAACACGCAGUGUUACGAGGGCGCAAGGCAUUACCUGGGGCCAGCCAAGGGUUGGCCAGGCAACGCCGAUGCUGGCACCGUGGAUCCCGGCGGGAAGACCGCAACAGGCAGGCCGAGGCGAGCAGAACGCCGGCCCCAGGGGGGGAGAAACGGCUCGCGGAACGAGGGGAGGAGGGCGAGGGGCCAGAGGGGGAUGGGGCGGAAGAGGCCCAAUUGUCGGCGGAAGGGUCUCGCUCGUGAGAACGGGAACGUUGCGGGAACGCCACGAGCGACCGGAGCAAGCGGAGCCUGCAAUGAAUCACAACGAAGAAGAUGAUGUCAACACCGAUGAGGGGGGCGAUUAUGUAGCUGAAUCGGCGGAGCCAUCUGAGGAAAUCUCGUUGGAGGACGAGGAGGAGGUGCACAUGACGAGAAAGGCUGGGGAGCGAAGGAGAACCCAUAACAAUGGGGUAAACCACCAGGGCGAUAACCCUCAGGGUACGGGAAUUGGGAACGAGGAGGUGCCAGGAGUAAGGGGAAACCCUCAGGUGGUGGGAGAAAAUGGGGACGCACCCAAUGAGGGACAGAGUGACUCUGGGGUCAAAUCACCGUCUGACCUGGCGGACGAUUCUGCCAUCUGGGAGCUGGCAGCCACGUGGGACAAAUACCCACUCCAAAAAGGGGAUCAACCCUUCGUGGUCCGCAGAAUGCCGCCCAAGAUCCUGGAAAGCUACACGCUCUGUCUCCUGGCACCACUCAUUCGACUCUCGAAUAAUCCUGACUGCCCAGGUGCAUGGGCGAUCCUGCAGUAUUUUCCGAGGCUGACGCUACGUCCGGCCCCUGAACCUGUCGAAGGCAGUCGGUGGACAGCAAUAGAGCUGCGCCUGCACCAGUUCCAACUCGGCAGCUGGCAGGCCCUCUACACCGACGCAUGUGUCAUCCCCGACAAUGAGAGCCCGAUACGACACCAACCGGAUGACGCAGGUUUAUGCGCAAGGGCGGAGGGGUUGAUACGGAAAGGAAACAUUUCCAAGGCGGUAGCAGCGUUACGAACUACACCGCUCGCAGAAGCGACAGCAGCAACGUUGACUGCCCUCCAAGCGAAACACCCCGCAGCCGAAACUUCGCUACCGGGUCUGGUUACAGGGUUCAACCGCUCGACCCUCAGCGUGUCAGCGGACGAGCUUCGCGAAAUCCUGAAGAAAUGCCCGAACGGGGUUGGAGCAGGCCCAUCUGGCACCUGCUUCGAACACCUCAAGGAUCCGGCACUGGCAAACGGGGAGGUGCUUAUUCUACUCGCUAAGCGAUACCGGGAGGCGCAGAGUGUAUCAUCCACUCCGUCAGAUCGCUACUAA